AUGCAACGUGUGAAGCUCGCUCUACGCGGCGUAAAUUAUACAACAAAAUCGCGAUUUCUCUCGACAAAGCUAAUAUCAACUGACACACCUGAUCGCUCCUUCCGGGGCCAAGUCUAUGAAAGUGUUGCGACACGCCUAGCACGAGAACGUCAAGAACGGCAAAAGUACGUGGAUGAGAGAGAGGCUCGACCUAAAAAGAAUUAUCUUGAGGCGAGUGCACUCAUUAUAUCUGUUGCAUUGUUCAGCUUCUGGCUAGGCAACUCUGGUAAGGCUAAGUCAGUUAUCUCUUCAACCACUCCUCUUGCUCUCACAACACCCCCCACCCAUAACACAACUGCUUCAAACCUUCAAGCAUCCUGGACGGAUUUCGUCGAGCUUCUCGGCACCAACAAUGUUUCCACGUCUGAACAAGAUAUAUCUGGGCAUCUAGGAAACCAAUGGAGUCUACACAAAGAAAAGGACUCUGGCAAACCAUUCCUUAUUUUAUACCCCUCAACCACGGAAGAGGUUAGCGCUAUUAUGCAAAUCUGUCACAAGAGAUGUAUACCUGUGACUGCUUUCAGCGGGGGUACCAGCCUAGAAGGACAGUUUACAGCCAAUCGAGGUGGAAUUUGCAUUGACUUUAAAAAAAUGGGAAAAAUCUUAAAGCUAAACAAGGAAGACAUGGAUGUUGUAGUACAGCCCGGAGUCAAGUGGGAGUAUCUAAACGAUGAAUUAUCGAAGGAGAAUCUCUUCUUUCCCCCAGACCCAGGACCAGGCGCCAUGAUUGGCGGAAUGAUCGGGACUGGCUGUAGCGGGACAAAUGCUUAUCACUAUGGUACUAUGCGCGAGUGGGUUUUGGGAUUGACUAUUGUUCUUGCCGAUGGAACCAUAAUUAAAACGAGACAAAGGCCAAGGAAGAGUAGUGCAGGUUAUGAUUUAACCAAACUAUUUAUUGGAAGCGAAGGAACUCUUGGUCUAGUCACCGAGGCUUCUCUUAAACUCACAACAAAACCUGAUGCAACUUCGGUUGCUGUUUGCUCAUUCGAUAGUAUCAGACAAGCUACCGACUGUGCCGCAAUAGUGAUUCGCUCGGGAGUUCCAGUUGCUGCCAUCGAGCUGUUAGAUGAAAAUCAGAUGCAUUGUGUCAAUGCCGCUAACGCUACCAAAAAACUUUGGACAGAAGCGCCAACAUUAUUCUUCAAGUUCGCCGGAAGAACAAAUACCAUCAAAGAACAAAUUGAUAUUAUCAAGAAGCUUGUAAAAUCCUCCGGUUGUAAUAACUUUCAAUUUGCGAAAAAUACAGAAGAACAGGUAGAACUCUGGAGCGCCCGAAAGCAGGCUUUGUGGAGCACUAUAGCCAGCCAAAAACAAGAGAAUGGUUGCGUAUGGACAGGAGAUGUAGCUGUCCCUAUUAGCAGGCUAUCGGAUAUUAUUGAAGAGACUAAGGAGGAUAUUAAAAAAACUGGAUUAUUCGCUUCAAUCGUUGGUCAUAUGGGGGAUGGUAAUUUUCACACCAUUCUUCUUUACAACGAACAGGAACGCCCAAAGGCGGAAGAAGUUGUCCACCGUAUGGUAAAGAGAGCUAUUGAAAUGGAGGGAACGGCUAGCGGAGAGCAUGGUGUUGGGCUGGUAAAGAGAGAUCAUCUAAACCACGAACUUGGUGAAACAACUGUGGAUACUAUGCGCAAGCUCAAACUUGCCUUAGACCCUCUAUGUUUGUUGAACUGUGAUAAAGUCAUAAGAGUUGAACCCUCUAAGCCUGGAGAGAUAACAACGUGGUGA